AUGAGCUCAGGAAUCAAAGUUCGUAAUGCUUCAUACAAUGAUGGAAGUUUCAUCAAAAAAUGCCUUGCCAGUUUGGUUAAUGUCAGUAUAGGAACAAAUCAAGAGUAUAAGUUCCCCAAGUUCGAUUCUAUCUAUAAGCAUGUACUUAAAAAUCCUGAUGAAACACCAAUUUUCAUUGCCGAGAAAAAUGGAACUCCAAUUGGAUGUGCAAUGUGCAACAGAUUGUAUACAUUGGAAUUGUCUUGCAAAUCACUGAACAUUGCUGAUUUGAUUGUCGACGAAAAUUACCGUGGACAUGGUGUUGGUAAAAUACUGAUGGAGCAUUUAAAGAAGUACGCAAAAGAAAAUGAUUAUGGUGCUCUUGAAGCCCUUACUCCUGCUCCCACAUCUGUGAAAGCAAAAGAACGAUUGGCUUUCUACGAAAAACACGGCUUUUUCCAAGUUGGCACAGGAAUCAUUUGCGUUUUGGAUGGUGUAACAAUUGAAUGA